AUGUCUGAUGACUGGUGGGAUCAACUUUUUAAGGAAUUCCCAUCAGCUAGAAAGCUUAAAGAGAACCCACUAGCAAAUGUUGACUUGUUGGAGAAUGUGUUUGGAGCGGUUCAUGUAAGUGGAGGUGAAGGAUGGACUGCUCAGCAAGGCGAAGACUUUUUGGAUAAGCAAGGCGACAAUAAUGAUGGUGAUGCUGAAGACACUGAUGUGGAUCAAGUUCCUCCUACUCAAGAUAUCAGUGCUCCAGCUGAAUCAAGAACUGCUGGCCCUUCAUCCAGUAGAACAAAAGCUAACAAGAAGAGAUCAAGGGCUGCUCAAGUAGGACAGGCUGUAGUAGAUUGUCUUUCUGACAAGAACAAGAUAAUAGGGAACCACCCUGAGUUCAGUUGCAACCAGCUUACAGCUAUGAAAGCCUUACACUCACUGUCUGCUAUCAGGCACUGGUCUCAUUUGUACAAGGCAGCCAUCGAUCAUCUCAA